CUCUAAGCGAACGUAGCCAUGAUUGUAAAACGGCAGUAACAUGACAUACGCUUGAAACGUCAAACUAGUAUUAAACGUGUAAAUACAUUAAUGCGUUGAUCGAAUGUAUCGUUUUUCGUCAUACCAAUCAAUAUAAAACGAAUGAAUAGUAAUCGUCAUGAAUACGUAUGAUAGAAACAAUUCAGGAAUAUCGGGAAAUUCGUUUGAUCGCUGGAUACAGAAGUCAAAUGCACAAAAUGAUUCGCCAAUUAUUAAGAUGCAACAUCAAUAUUGGGUAACAAAACAAGCCUUAUCUCGUAAAUUAGGAAAAAAAGAAGAUGACUGCAUAGUUGCUUCAGAUGCAGAAUUGGAUGCCAAACUGGAAUUAUUUCGUAGUAUUCAAGAAUCCUGUUUCUAUUUGCAAAGAGUUAUUGAUAAAUAUCAAGAAAGAUUAUGCAAUCUUGCGCAAGAAGAAAAUGCUAUGGGCCGUUUUCUAAAAGAAGCUGGUAAACAAGAUAAAACAAGAGCUGGCAAAAUGAUGUUAGCUGUUGGAAAAUCUUUGUCUUAUUCUGGACAACAAAGACUCGCUCUAAGAGUACCAUUGGGAAGGUUAUAUCAAGAGGUUGAAACAUUUAGACAAAGAGCUAUAGAAGAUACAUUGCAAAAUGUUCAGUCAAUGGAAAAAGCACGGACAGAAUAUCGAGCUGCAUUAUCAUGGAUGAAGAACAUUUCUCAAGAAUUGGAUCCGGAUACCUCUAAACAAUUGGAGAGAUUUCGAAAGGUUCAAACACGUGUCAGACAAGGGAAACUAGCAUUUGAUAACUUGGCUUUGGACUGCCUACAGAAAGUAGAUUUGUUAGCUGCUGCCAGAUGUAAUAUGUUUAGCCAUGCCUUAGUUUUAUAUCAAAGUACUCUGCUUAAUUUUACUAAAAAAUCUGCACAAGCUUAUUCUACAAUAGCGAAUAGCUUCAAAGGCUAUCAAAGAUACGAUUUUAUGGUUGUAAGAGAACUUGCAGAAACCUCUUCUAAAUUGGCACAGGAAACUGGUGGGGAUGAUGAUCCUGAUAAUAAAGAUAAAUUAUUAUUUUUUGAAACGGAUUAUCAUGAUAAUGUUGAAGAAGCUGAAGAGAUAAAACCAAUUACAGAAUGUACAGAUAAACAAAAUGAGAAACUCUUAGAUAUCGAAUCUGACCCGAAAGAUGUAUUGGAGUCAAAAGAUUUAAAUACUAGUUCAACCAAAAAUGGAAUAGUAGAACAUCUUAAUAGCGAACAUAACAGAGAACUCGAUCAAUUUUUUGGAGAUUUGAACCUUGAAAUAAAUAAAUCUAUAAAUGAUAGCAAACAAAAAAUAGACAAAAUAAAUGUGAAAACUCAUUUAGAUAUAGAUAAAAGUUUGUCAGAUCUGGAUUUGGCAAUGGAUGUAUUUGAUAUAUGCGAUACAGGUUUUAACUUAACAGACUUUUCUUCUACAGUAUCAGAAAACCAAAGCACCCAGAGCACUCAACCAUUACAAUUAUUGACUUCAGAAAAUGCUGCAUUUUUAAAUGACAUUAUUAAUGACAAAGAUGAAAGUAGUAACUCAAAUGAGUGGGAUGCUAUAUUAAAUGAUACCUUUUUGCCACCAAAUAUAUUAAAACAAAGUUUAGGUGAUGCAACACUUGGUGUUGGACAGAAGGAUAUGCAACUUACAAAUACAGAUGAUAAGUACAUUUAUUUUUGCAGAAAAAAAACAGGGUUGGAAAGGGCAAAGGUAAUUCAUGGUUAGAUUUAUUUGCAGAACUCGAUCCACUAGCUAAUAAUCCAAUGGAAAGCUUGGGUAAUGAUGGAGAUGCACCUGUAUAAUCUGUAUGACGUUGAUAUGAUAUUGUCACAACAUGAUUAGUUGCAUAAACAGGACAAAGAAUGAUGCUUUAUUUUUCAUUAUGCAUACUGAGUGUUGAUGAAAUAUUCAUCCAUUAUCAACAUUACGUGAUUGCAUAAAUCUAUACCUGCAUUUAAGCUAUUCAAAAUAAUUAAAAAUAUAAUUAAAUUUAUAUAUUUUAAGAGUAUGGUUUAAACAUAACCAUGAUAAAGAGAUAUAUUUCCAUUUCAUAAAUUUUUCAUACAAGCUCUCUACCAAAGAUACAAGCUCCAAACAUGUAUUAAGGUCUACUAGUCAAAUAUUUAUUUAAAAUAUAUGAAAAAAAUUUUGUUCUCACGAUAAUAAAAUGUAUUAUGUGAUUACUAUGUAAAGAUUAUAGUACAAUUUGCCAGAAGAUGCACUGAAACAUCGAAUGUAUAUAAGCACUCUCAUAUUUUCUUGUAUUUGUAAUGUUUCUAAAUGUUUGAUUCUCCUUAUUGCAAUCGAGAACUCGGAUUAAAAACUAUUUUAUUUGAAAGGUACUCGGAAGGUACCAAGCAGCAUUCAUACCUUCUCUCCUAUACGUAAAGUAUAUGUUCAUUCUCUAAGAUAAUUCUUUUUCUUUAAAUAAAAUAAAUAUAGUGUAAAUAAGCUACAAGCUCAGGCUUAGAAAUAUUGUUUUCACCUUAUUUCAGUAGGUUUAAGAUGCUUAUGUAUUAACAAAAGCACAGGAUCACAGUAUUAAUUCUACAUCAAAUAAUAUCAUUCAAAUAAAAAAUUCACAAAUUCAAAAUCUAACCUUCGUCAUUAACAUGAUCAAUGUUCAUGCAUCAUAGAAUUGUGCCAUGGCAGUUUUUACUCUGGAAUAAAAAUAAUAAUAACGUUAAAACUUCAUUAUAUAUGUUAUAUUGCAUGCUCUAUGUUUUUAAUAUACAUGUGUAAUGACUUUUAAUAUAGAAAAAGUAAAAAAUAAAUAGCAACAUACUUAUCAAAUAGUUGAGAAUCUUUCGUGUGACGUAAUUGUUGAAGAAUACGAUAAAGGCCUAAUUCUUUUAAACGUGCUUGACGUUGUGCUGCUCCAGGUUCUUCUCUCCACACUAAAUUGCACACGCAAAAAAUUGCUGCAACUUGUAGCUUUACAUUGCUAUGCAUCUAUGAUAAUGAAAUAUAUAAUAAAAGAUUCGGUAAUAUAUACAGUUAUUUACAUUACUAAUUAGUUAUUAGAAUACUAAUUAGUCUCUCUUAAUAUAUACAAAACGACUAAUAUUUACCAUGUAAUCCAUUAGCUUCUUUAAAACAUCCUCAUUAGCCAUUAUAUGAUCUCUGGCGCGAUCACCGUCAGCUACAUUUGCCAAAAUACAGAGAGCUUGUUCCUUUACAUCUGCUGGGUGUUCUGGAUCUUCUAAUACUAAUAUAACUGCUUGCAUAAAAUGAGCUGCAUGUUCACCCAUUAUACGAUCUAUGUGUGCUUUUGUAGAAAGCAAAUUUCGUAACAAACCAAGCGUCUUCAUUAAAACUGCUAAUUCUGGAUCAGCCAAAAGACGAAAGAUUUGGUCAGUGCCUAAGCAAGAUAAUAUUUGUGACUUCACACGUUGUUCCGCUUGAAAAGCAACAUUCAUCAAAGCCCAAAUGCCAUUUAAUCGUAAUGCUGGAUCGGGUCGUUUGGUAAGAGAACACAAUAGUUCUACUCCGCCAGAUUCAAGAAUUGGUUCUUUGCUUGGACUGAAUUCUAAUAAUAAAUUACACAAAGUGCUUGAGGCAACAGUCAAUAAAUCAUCUUCACUUUCUGUUCUACCUAUGAAGAAAUGAUAACAAAAUCAUAUUGGAUCAGUAAAUUGUAUGCAUUGUAUAUUUAUUUAUCAUUACCAACAAUAAUAUGAUACCUUCCAACCCUUUAUCUGCACCAUGAAGUAAUUGCAUGAGGGGCCUCCAAACUGCAUGAUCUUGAAACGUUGUGCGAAGCUGUUGCACACUUCUAGAAAGAGAAUGUAAACAUCUAACUGCAGCUAAACGAACUCGAGGACCACCAGGAUCUUGUAAACCAGAAACAACUUGUUCCAUUAAACUCUCCGUUUCUAUGAUGCGUUUUCGAAUGUCUUCAUCAUUAGCACCAAGAGAAGCAAAAGCUCUAAAUGCAGCUUGGCGCAUAUCUUGUGUUAAUGUCGCAUCUUGAACCUAUAAAUAAGAAUAAUAAAAUAAAUUUUGUGUUAAAUAAAGCAAUUAAAUUCAUAGAUAUUUAAA